GCUCCUCCCUCGGCCGCUCCCCCCCCGGGCGGUGGUAGCGGCGCGGCGGAAGGGGCGCGGCGCGGGCGCCAUGGCGGCGGUAGCGCGGCCGCUGGCGCUGCUCACCAGCUGUGCCGCGGGCUUCGCGCCCGAGGAGCUCGUCAAACGUAUCACAGGAAGAGAUGACCUCACUGUGGGUGCAAUAACAAGUGGAAGAGUGAAUUUCUACCCCUGGACCAUAGAUAACAAAUAUUAUUCUGCAGAUAUCCUCCUCUGCGUGGUCCCAAACACGUUCCACGUGACUGCAGAGAUUGCUGAGGCUGUGCAGGCGUUUGUGGUGUACUUUGACAGCACAACAAAAACUGGCCUGGAGGGUGUCUCCGAAUGGCUGCCCCUGACAGAGGAGUGGCUGCCAGAAGUGAUGAUCCUGGUUUGUGACAGAGUCUCUGAGAACGGUGUAAACAGACAGAAAGCUCAAGAGUGGUGCAUCAAGCAUGGCUUUGAGCUGGUGGAGCUGAGCCCUGAGGAGCUGCCUGAUGAAGAUGACGAUUUCCCCGAGUCCACCGGAGUGAAGCGCAUCGUGCAGGCGCUCAACGCCAACGUCUGGUCCAACGUGGUCAUGAAGGGAGACAGGACCCAGGGCUUUGGUCUCCUCAGCACCUUGGCAGGAGCCAACAGGAGCCGUGGCUGUGAAGAGACCCCGGACACAGAAUCCAGCCCAUCCCCAGGAGACAGGGAAGAAUCCCAGCUGGAUGGGGGAGAGGAUGGAGCUGGCACAAACAGCCUGGAGCCUGACAGUGCUGCAGAUCCCAUGCUGGAAAUGGACAUCCAGGAGCUGGCCAGCCUGACCACGAGGGAUGGGGACCUGGAGAACUUCGAAAGGCUCUUCUCAAAGCUGAAAGAAAUGAAAGACAAAGCUGCCACGCUGCCUCACCAGCAGAGGAAGCUGCACGCAGAGAAGGUGGCCAAGGCCUUCUGGAUGGCAAUUGGAGGAGACAGGGAUGAGAUUGAAGGUCUCUCCUCAGAUGAAGAAAACUGAAUUCCUCUGUAGCUGGAAGUGCCAGAGCAAUCCUAAAGGAAUGAUCCUUCCCUGAAUUAGUGUCAUUGCCAAAACCCCCCUUAGCUGUACCCGCUUCCCUUGGUGCCAGCAUUCCCCACAUUCCACAUUCCACAACCUCUGUGGCUCCAGAGGCUUGGCUGUCCUUGCUCCUCCCCCAGAGGACUUUGGAAGGUGACACGUGUGUGGUUCAAGGAAACAGUGAUGAGUUUACAUUUUCAAAUGAACAUUUUUAUGAUUUCCUCUCUGGGGUUUAAAUAAACAAGUGUGCUCCCGGUUAUCUGUGCACACAGGGCUGGGGCUUGGGAAGUGACUCCUGAAUUCCCAGCUCCAGCUGCAGGGCUCUUGGGUGGUUCAUGGAGCUUUUCCCAGUUCCAAGGAGCAGAUCUGGGUGACCACGAGGAGGAGGCUGCUGAGCUGUGCCUGGGGGGGCUGUGCCAGGGCUCCUCCCUGCCCAGUGCCAAAGCCACCGCAGUGGCCCCGGGCUCAGAUUCUGUUUGGAUUUUGCCUGUGCAAGGACAGGGGCCUUCCCUGGAAUGUCAGGUGCUGUCCACACUCCCUGGAUUCCCACUGGAAACUGAGCUUGGGGUGAAAUGCCAGACUGCUGCUGCUGCUGGGGUGGAAUUCCCUGCCCAAACCCUCUGCACGGCCUGGGGGAGUGCUCAGAGCUGCCCUGGGGAGCUCUGCCCUCAGUGCCAGCGUUGGCAUCCUCAGUGCCCACACUCCUGUGUGCCCAUCAGGGGAAUCCCACAGAGGGAAUGCCCUUUCCCUGGAUCCACGUCUCUGCCACACCAGCACAGGGCACAGGCCUCUGGAAUGACGGCGUGGGAGGAAGGAGAAAGGGGAAAUGCCACCCUGGCUCCUGCUCUGCUACAGGCACAGGCCGUGGAGCAGCGGGGAGAGGAUCCAACAGAUUCCCACAUGGAAGAGUCUGGCCCCAAGAACUUCUCCUUGUCCAUCUGAAAAUCCACCCUGUGAAGCACCCUCAGUUAGGAAUUUCAGAAUGAACUUUUCCAGUGUCCCCUAAUUCCCGAGUCCCAGGACACGGGUGUGCCGUGGAUCAUUGGAUGGCUUUACACUGAGGCACUUCCACAGGGCUCCUCAAAUCCCUCCCUAAUGAAGCAAAGGUGAAUGGAAAUCCUCCAUUUCUUGCGAUGCUGGGAAUCAUUUCCUGGGAUAAAACUGCAGUGCAAGGACAAGGACUGAAGCCUCACUGGCAGUUUGGGAAGUGUUCCUCAGCCCACAGUGAGCUCUCCCACUGCUUUGGGCAGAUUCUCUCGGGAUACAGAGACACCCAAGGGACCUGCAGGGACACCCUCCCAGGGCCCUGCUGGGACUCCUCCCAUGCUCCACACCCUUCUCCCGGCACAGAGAAUGUAACACAGCCCUGAAGGAGGCUCCGUCCGAGCAGGGAAUGGUUUCCUUGGUGGCUUCUUGGCAGCUGAAGAUUCUUUCUGCCCUUUCUAAAUCAUUGUUGUGCAAUGGUGAUGAAUGGCCCAAGUGCCAAGGGAAUACAGUGAAGAAAACAGGCUUGGACACUUUAUGAACCCGUUCUUAGACAUGUGAUAGAGAUGUGACUUCUUAAAUUUAAUGAGAUCAUAUCAAUUAGAAGCCAGUGCUUUGCUGCCUUUUUAUGCGGUAGCAGCAGCUCAUUCCCAUCCUCAGAACUCUUUCAGACAUGAUUUAUUGUAAAUAUGGGUCUUGUUUGUAGGGGCACAAAUCAUGGAGGCAGGAAGUGUGGCUGGAGACACGGGGAAAUAAUUUAAUGAUCCUUUGAGGUUGUUGUGUUGUGGUUUAAAAUCAAGGUUUACUUUGCUGGGUUUGGUUUUUGGUGGUUUUUUUGUGGGUUGUUUGGGGGUUUUUCUGAAGAGACCCUUUGGUUUUGGCUACAGAAUUUCUUUACAAAGUAAGAAGUUACAGAAAUGAAUAAAAGGGGCAUUAGCGGAAAAGCAAA